AUGCACAACACACCCGACUUAAACUCCAUCCUCCGGACUCUCUCUACAUUCUCCAAGCAACCCCAAUCACCAUUAGCAGAGGACCACGACUCUUAUGAACCACCAGAAGCACUUCUUCCUUCUUCUUCUUAUGCGUCUGCGUCUGCAUCUGCAUCUACAUCUAGAACCCAUCAAGGCCAUGCUGGCCCUCAAAAGCCCACCACAACCCCCAAUACCCAUACCAAUACCACCAGCACAGACCCAGCAACAAUAACCACCUGGCCCCCCGCCCUGAAACAGGUAAUGCGCGCCGUAAGCCAGAACGAGGAGAUGCAGCGCCGCAUCCGCUUCCUGAUCCAGCGCCAACAUGACCACGAAAAACAGUGGUGGGCGGGCCGCGAAGCUCUCGUCGCGAAGCAACGAGCUCGAGCCGAGAAGAAGAAGGAGUUGGAUGCUGUUUUACUCUCCGUCGGCGCACCAAUAGAUACUAAACAAGUUUCUACAGCAGAAGAAGACCGCGCCGAGGUCAAAAACUACGACGCCAAAGUCUACAAAGCCUCCACCCAAAUGGCACACGCAAUGCAGACGGAACUCCGCUCGCUGAAUGUUCCGUUUUUCUGUCUCCGGUCGGAUCUCAUCGAUCCCAUCGCGGACGGGGCGGCUGCAGAGGCCAAGACAGGGGGCGGCGGGUCAUUCACGCUGAACCCGGCGUUAUCUGGGAGGCUUCCUCGGGAUGAAGUGCUGGGGUUUCAGCGACGGAUGCUAGAUUUGCUUCAGGAUCUUUGUAAGGAGUGA